AUGGCUGGUCGACUUGUUACUGUUGGAGUGUCCGCGACCUUGUCGGCGUUGAUGGCUUUCGAGGUGUGGAGACUUCAUGGUCGACGGCACGUUGACCCGGUGGACAAGCUGGUUACCUCCAUGGCAGCCACACUCUCCGCCGUCGUCUUAGUUGUCGACCUUUGGUCCAGUUCGCGGCAAGUUAGCGAGCUGGACCUUCGAGCACCUGGUCCAAACUCCCAAAGCUUCCGCUACGAGCCAUUGCAGGAAGGACAAAUACGACUUCUUCAGUUUGGUCAACAGGAGGCAGAUGACGGGCUCAUCCACCUCAACCUCUUCCACGCGAAAUUGAGCCAUGCACCAGAGUAUGUGGCCCUUUCUUACUCCUGGGGGAUUGACAAGCAGAUGGCUACCGUAGAGAUUUUGGUCAACCAUCAGCCGUACACUGUCUCGCAACAUCUUGCAAACGCUCUUCACAGGAUGAAGAAGGAAGGUAUCUCCAACAUCUGGGUCGAUGCAGUCUGCAUCAAUCAGCGCGACAUACUCGAAAAAGGUAAAGAGGUUACAAGGAUGUUCGCCAUUUACCGUACGGCCGUGAUGGUGGUGGUGUGGCUAGGAACAGCCAUUGGUCCGGCAGAAGAUGCUUGGAGAUUUGCAAAAGCGGUUGAACAGCUUCACGGAGCCCCGGAGAAACAGCACGAUAGUCGGAAGAUCUUCGACGCUGCUCUAUGUGGAAUGGAGCGGUUUCUGUCGCAGCCAUACUGGAGCCGUGUAUGGAUCAUACAAGAGAUAGCAGCAGCCAGACGAGCGCGUCUGUUCUGGGGCCCAUACACAUUCGACCUGCGAGCUUUGGAGACGCUCAUGAAGGAGUAUAGCGCGUGGUUAGACGCCGAGGUGGCAUCGCCUCGGUAUGCGCAGACAGUCUUGUCCGUCCGUACGGCAUGUCGAGCACAGCGACAGCCCCGGCUAUUGGAGAUAUUGGGCAUGACGAGUGGUUCCGAGACCAGUCAUUCGAGGGACAAGGUCUACGGGCUUCUAGGUCUGGUUUCUGACGGCAGUAUCUUCGUCCGAGAGCCCAAUUAUUCCGAAUAUGUCUCGGACAACGCGCUUUGCUUAGAAAUGACGGCCGCGCACCUGAAUUGGUACAGUUCGGCCGAUAUCAUCUUUUUAAGAAGCACCGUGCCCCAUCAGAGCACAUUGCCAUCAUGGUGCCCAGACUAUUUCCACUUCGGAAUUCAUGAUUUUGAUCAGAAUCUGCUGUCUUACGUUUGCUUCAAGGACGCCAAUCUGGGAUGGGAGAAACGGCGCGCGUUCGGGGCCGCAGCUAGGAUGAAUGAAAUCGUUCCGGACACAUUUCAAGUGACCGACGAUACGCUCACUUUGAAAGGGAACUUCGUGGGUGUGAUAUCUGCUCUCGGAAGCAUUCUCGGCGAAGGCCCAGAAAACUGUAACUUCGACAAUCGCUCCCCCGCGGUCGAGGUCACCGCCACCGAAUCCGGGAAAGCGUUUCGUCGACUCCUUCUUCUAUGUCACAACCAGACGUUCGGCCAUCUCAGUGGCCUGGACUUCCUUGCGCUGAUGUACGCUUUACCUACAGCAGUAUUCCACAAUGUUCAGUGCGACCGCUUAAGAGAGUGGUUCACAAGCCACCGGGAUUUCUUCCACAGAUUUUGCGGUAGUUUUCAAUUGCCGCCUCAGAGCGAGAGUGAUGGGACACCUAUCAAGUUCCGUGGUGGAUCCCAACCCUUCCUUGUCCGCGAAGAGUGGAAAGACUAUUUUGGUUUGAACCCUCCGACCGCAAGAGCCUUGCCUCGUCGGGGACGUGAGUAUCCCGUGGACUCGAUACUCAGGUCCAUGGAUUGCACUCUUCAGGAAGGUCUACGGCUCAUGUGCAUUCGAGACCAAACCCUUCUUGGAUGGGCACAUCGUGAUGCGCAACUUGGUGAUGCAGUAUGGCAUAUUGAGGGAUGUACCUUGCCGGCGAUACUGCGGAGGUCCGCUGACUUGUCACAAAAGCGUGGGCACGACGUGUACCGCCUUGUCGGGCAUGCUUAUGUCGACCCAGUCAUGGCCAGCGGACGUUGGAUAGCAAAGGAGAACAAGAGCCGCAAGAUUCAUAUAUGCUGA